AUGGCCUCAGGCAACAAUCUAGCGGUGCUCGAAGCUCUCGACACGGCCCAGACGCAAUGGUACCAUGUGAAAGCCAUCGUGAUCGCCGGCAUGGGAUUUUUCACCGAUGCUUAUGAUCUCUUCUGCAUCACAACCGUGUCCAAACUCUUGGGCCGCCUUUACUACUACGAUCCUCAUGCAAACAAGCCGGGAAAGCUCCCACAUGGCAUUAACAACUUGGUCACCGGUGUAGCCUUGUUCGGGACUCUCAGCGGCCAACUGGUGUUCGGUUGGCUCGGUGACAAACUCGGCCGGAAGAAAGUGUAUGGGAUUACUCUCAUCCUCAUGGCGUUUUGCGCCAUAUGCUCGGGACUAUCGUUUGGAGCCACCUCCGGUUCUGUGAUCGGAACACUUUGUUUCUUUAGAUUCUGGCUUGGUUUUGGCAUCGGCGGCGAUUAUCCGCUUUCAGCUACAAUCAUGUCGGAAUAUGCUAACAAGAAGACUCGUGGGGCGUUCAUUGCGGCGGUUUUCGCCAUGCAAGGUGUCGGGAUUAUAUUCGCCGGCUUAGUUUCCAUGAUUCUUUCGGCUAUCUUUCUUAAGCUCUACCCAGCACCUACUUUCAAACAAGAUCAAAUCUUUUCUACUCAACCAGAAGCAGAUUAUCUAUGGCGGAUUGUGCUUAUGUUUGGUGCCUUACCAGCUCUUCUAACAUACUAUUGGCGGAUGAAGAUGCCGGAAACCGGUCGUUACACCGCGAUUAUCCAAGGAAACGCGAAACAAGCGGCGGCCGAUAUGGGGCGAGUUCUCGAAAUCAAACUAGAAGACGAAUCGGAUAAGGUUUCCCAAUUCAAGGCGGCGAAUCAGUACGAGUUACUAUCACAUGAGUUCUUUAGACGCCAUGGGUAUCAUCUUAUAGGUACAAUGACCACAUGGUUUUUAUUGGAUAUUGCUUUCUACAGUCAAAACCUAACCCAAAAGGACAUUUUCCCGGCCAUGGGGCUCACCAAUAAAGCUCCGGAUGUGAACGCUAUUAGAGAAAUGUUUGAGACCUCACGUGCCAUGUUCGUUGUUGCUUUGCUCGGUACAUUCCCAGGGUAUUGGUUCACCGUACUGUUCAUAGAAAAGAUUGGUCGGUUCAUUAUCCAACUAGUCGGAUUCUUAAUGAUGUCCAUCUUCAUGCUGAUUCUUGGCGUCAAAUAUGGUUACCUUAGGGACCAUAAUAAGUUCUUAUUUGUCGUUCUUUAUGGGUUAACCUUCUUUUUCGCCAACUUUGGCCCCAACAGUACGACCUUUGUGCUACCGGCUGAGCUGUUCCCGACCAGGGUGCGGUCCACUUGUCAUGCGCUGAGUGCGGCGUCGGGGAAGGCCGGCGCCAUGAUCGGAGCUUUCGUGGUGCAAACAUAUACAUUGGACGAGGAUGUUAAGAAAAUCAAGACCGCCAUCAUCGCUUUGUCCUUUACAAAUUUGUUGGGAUUUUGUUUCACAUUCCUGGUCCCGGAAACCAAAGGUCGGUCUUUAGAAGAAAUUUCAGGCGAGGAUGGCGGCGGCGGCCAGAAUGAGACUCAAAUGGCCGCCACCAGAUCGUUUGCCUUGCAAGGAAACGACAGAUUUGAAGGGUGA